AUGACCCCCCGCACUGCCGUGACACUUAAUAUUUACGACCUUGUUGAGGCCAACGAGUAUAUCGCACCACUGGGUCUAGGUAUUUUCCAUAGUGGCGUUGAAAUCGCCGGUGAAGAGUUUUCGUAUGCGAGUGGUGCCGGUAUCUUCUCUUCAAGACCUCGACAAGCACCUGGUGCCAGGUUUCGUGGAUCAAUUGCUAUGGGCAUUUUCGAAGGGAGUUUUCAAGAAGCCCAUCAACUGGCGUAUUCUUUAAGCUCGGACUUUGAAGGAGAAGCUUACAAUUUAUUUACCAAAAACUGCAAUACGUACGCAGAUGCACUGUGUCAAGUGCUGUUGAAUAAAUCAAUACCUGCUUAUGUGAACCGAGCGGCCUACUUUGGGUCAUUUCUUAGCUGUCUCAUGCCGGCGGACUUGAUGGAUCAAGCACCAGUGGGUGUUCCCAAUACGCCGUCGCGGAUCAUGAACGCUGCUUCGAGACGCUCCGAUAGUGUCUAUACUCCAUUUGCAGGGUCUGGUCAAAUUGUUGGUGGCAUUGAGGAAGCAUCAUCGCCGGAGCCAUCUACGCAAGCUGACAGACGCAAGAAAGUCCGCAUGGCAGCUUUGCGGCGAGUAGGUGCUGACUCGUAUCAAAAGUUCAGCAGGUGUUUUCGCUCGGUGACGGGACUGCAUCUUACACAGAAUACUCAUGGCUGCAAUACAGCCAUGCACAAGGAAGUUCUUGAAUCUAGUAUCGCCAAUGUUAGACUGCCUAGUGGUGGCCACCAGCGUUUCGUAAAGAUGAAUACGAUGGUGCAGGAAUUAGUCCGGAGCACACUAACAAUGAGUAUUUCGACUGCUCGAGAAGAGAUCAAAAAAUUUGACGUUCUCGACGACCUCAGCACUGUAAAUGAAAGUUGCCGAGAUAAAGUGAGCCGCGAAGCUAGGUAA